AUGGCUAAUGCGGUCACUUCUCGACAUGUGGAGAGAUGGCUCGGGAAAAUAUUGCAGAUUGAGCUUGUCGAUGGACGAUUAAUACAAGGGCGAUUUGUCUGUACGGACAAUCAUCCAAACAUUAUUCUCGCAGGAGCAGAGGAGCGAUGGUCCGAACAAGAAAGCUCAUCCGAAGAAAUAAGCCCAUCCGAGGAAGAAAUCCCAUCCCCGGACGAUGGCCCACGACAGAUCGGUCUCGUCAUGAUCGCCAGGGAACAUUUCCGGAAAUCGAUUAGCGCAAUCCCAAGAUUGACACGAAGAGUUUCUGAAUAUUAUCAGCUUUGCCAUCUUGCCCCAUCACACAUGGUGUUGAUUGCAAUCUCUCUUGCAACUGCAAUGGACGGUUACGAGGUCGACAUGGACGAGUUGCUCAAACACAGUGACCUCAAGAAAACACAAAUGGAGAACUGGUGUGCUCAUCUCGCUUAUGCUAUCAGCACAAACCACGAGCAUACUCGACUCAAGGGCAUUUCAACGAAGUACGUUUUGAGC